UGUUGGAGGAUUCACUUAGGGUUACAUACUGUCUCCCCCCCCCUACCCAGGACAUGUCGUACUACUGCUGUGUGGAGUUACAGGGGCCAGGGGAACAGCUGUUAGCUGCUCUGUCUAAGCUGACCAGCAAGGAAACUGGGCCUACGUUUGCAGCAGCCAUGUGUGUUUCAGGCAGGAGACAGGGCAGUGUGGUGGUGUACCGAGCAGGACAGUACCCUCUCCAGCCCCUGGGGCCUGUCACAUUCCUCUGGAGGCCCACAACGCAGGGCCGGGGGGGCCAGGAGGACCAGGGCUCCCAGGGAUCAACACACAGACAGCUGUGGAUCUGGGCUCACCCCACCAUGAAAACGGUCAGAGCGACUCAUAUGCAGAAUCAAUCAACUGUGCCCUGUGGGAUUGCCCUGUGUCGUGACUGUGCCCUGUGUCGUGACUGUGCCCUGUGGGAUUGUGCCCUGAAAGUGACUGUGCCCUGUCGUGACUGUGCCCUUUGUCGUGACUGUGCCCUGUGUCGUGACUGUGCCAAUCAGACUGUGCCCUGUGUCGUGACUGUGCCCUGUGUCGUGACUGUGCCCUGUGUCGUGACUGUGCCCUGUGUCGUGACUGUGCCCUGUGUCGUGACUGUGCCCUGUGUCGUGACUGUGCCCUGUGUCGUGACUGUGCCCUGUGCCCUGUGUCAGGAGCUGCAGGCUGUCUGUCAGUGUUCUGAGGCUGUCCUUCCACCUGCUCCAGUGGAUCCCUGUCCCACAGCCAGCCCCUUUGGGAUCCUGGGGCUGGUCCUGAGGCGGCAGGCUAUGGUUCUGGUUCUAAGAUGUCCCAGGGAGCCUGAGGCUGCUGGACCACCAGCCAAAAGCUCCUGGGAUCCAUUAUUAAACCCCUCCCUUUAUUCUCAACCAUGUGGACUUCCUGAAUGUUGUUGUUUACUGUUUUGCAGUGACCUCACCAUGGAGAUGGUGCGGUAUCGUCUGAUUGGACCUCUAUCACAUUCCGUUCUGACUGAAACCCUGGCCCCUGCCACACACUGUGAUGCUCCAGGUAAAUCCAGACCAUCUCCCUUCUGGUGGCCAGAUCACUGCAGAGACGACUGUAACAUGUCUCUUCAUCAACAACAAGCUGGUGUCUUCAACAUGCUCAAAGGUGUGUACUCCACAGCAGAGGUUCCAGCCGGCUCAGUUCUGGGUCUGACGGUGGAUGACCCCAGAUUGACCUUACCAAACAAGAGAAGCAAGGCCGUGUCCGACAUCAGGAAGGCACAAGGAGUGAACGAGGAGAGGAGGAGGGAACUGAUGUUGAAGGGGAUCCCUGAACCGCUCAGCCAGAGUUCCCUGUGGGACCGGUCGGUCCGCGACAACGUCACACACAACAAGAUGACAGACCAGGAAGUAAACAGACUGCGUAAUGAUGUUCUGGUCCCAGGCUCCAGACUCCCCACCCCCCUGCAGGGUAGAGUACCCGUCCUACUGGUGCAGCAGUCUGGGAAGAGCCAGGGCACAGAGAUGGGGUCCUGGGGGGCGGGAUGGGACCUGCUGCUACCCAAGGCCUGGGGCAUGGCCUUCUGGGUCCCUCUGGUAGAUAGAGGAGAAGCACGCGGAGGGCUGAGGAUGAGUCUGAAACACGCCCAGAAUAAAGGAGAGCCUCACUUUCCCCACGACUACCCAGACUGCCCUGCAGGAGCACGCUUCCAGGAAGAGCAGGAGGCUGAGCUGCUGGCCAAGUUCAGGAGGCGCCCGCCAGCCAAACGGACCAAUUACAUCAAACAUGGCUGCCUGGCUCCGUUCCGUUGUCCCUGGCAACAGCUGGUCGAGGAGUGGGAGCUGAUCGUGAAGGAGGAAGGAGGAGGAGGAGGAGAGGAGGCGGUCGCAUCAAUGGAACAGGAAGUGAAACCACCACAGAGUAACUUCACAGUCUUGAGGUAGAUGCCACUUCUGGAUGAUACUGUAUACAUGUAAGGGAUAAACACUGAGCUGUGUACAUUAUCUGGAUAUAAUGGACCCCGGGGUAGGAAGAAGGAACUGCUCGGUGAUUUAGAACGGUUAUGAGGCAGGGUAGCCUAGUGGUUAGAGUGUAGAGGGGGCAGGGUGGCCUA